AGAGAGAGAGAGAGAGAGAGAGAGAGAGAGAGAGAGAGAGAGAGAGAGAGAGAAACCCUAAAAGAGAAAGAAAGAAAUGGAAGGCAAAGAAGAAGAUGUUAGAGUGGGAGCUAACAAGUUCCCGGAGAGGCAACCCAUCGGCACAUCUGCUCAGUCCACUGAGAAGGACUACAAAGAGCCACCUCCUGCACCACUGUUCGAGCCAGGCGAGCUGAGCUCAUGGUCCUUCUACAGGGCCGGUAUCGCUGAGUUUAUUGCUACUUUCCUCUUCCUCUACAUCACUGUGCUUACUGUUAUGGGAGUCAAGAGAGCACCAACCAUGUGUGCUUCUGUUGGGAUCCAAGGCAUCGCCUGGGCUUUUGGUGGCAUGAUCUUUGCUCUCGUCUACUGUACUGCUGGAAUUUCAGGUGGACACAUCAACCCUGCGGUGACAUUCGGUCUGUUCUUGGCUCGGAAGUUGUCUCUCACCCGAGCUGUGUUCUACAUGAUAAUGCAAUGUCUCGGAGCCAUCUGCGGUGCCGGAGUCGUCAAGGGUUUCCAGCCUAAGCAGUACCAGACUCUCGGUGGCGGUGCCAACGGUGUCGCUGACGGCUACAGCAAAGGCUCUGGCCUUGGCGCUGAAAUCAUCGGAACAUUCGUUCUUGUCUACACCGUCUUCUCCGCUACCGACGCCAAGAGAAGCGCCCGUGACUCACACGUCCCGAUAUUGGCACCACUCCCAAUCGGAUUUGCAGUGUUCUUGGUACACUUGGCGACGAUUCCAAUAACCGGAACCGGAAUCAACCCGGCUAGAAGCCUUGGAGCCGCAAUUAUCUACAACAAGGACCACUCAUGGGACGACCAUUGGAUAUUCUGGGUUGGACCAUUCAUUGGAGCAGCACUAGCAGCGCUCUAUCACACACUCGUCAUCAGAGCGAUUCCUUUCAAGAGCAAGAGCUGAACAAGAAGAGGAUUCCCACGUGUCCAGAUUUGUUCUUCUUUAGUUUCCCUGUAAUUCCUAUGCUUAUCUAUGUAGCUUGUGUUUUUGCCAUGUAUGGAAUAGCGAAUUUGCUUAUGUGUCUGUUUUAUGUAAAAAACCAUGGUUAAAUUUUAUUUUAUGCUGUUUAAGUA